ACGGCCACAGUUCAAAAUUCAAAAUUCGAAAUCUUGCUCUGCGAGUGGCGGCGCGUGAUGGACGUGCGUUUCACACCGGAUGGCAUCAGCGUCCGGCGUUCGGGGCGUUCACAUAAGUGACGAUGGUGGCCGGCGGUUGUCGUCGACGAGUACGCAGGUCUACGCGUGUGAAGAAACGGAGACGACAUCGACUUCUCACCAUCGUCGCGGGCGUCGUCAGUGCGUGGCAUCCAAGGUUGUCUGCAGACGCGGCGUUGUGUUCUUCCACGUGGCGGCAUUUGUGGAGUCGUGUGUUGUUACUGACGUCAUGUCCUUGGAAGCGGCGUCGUGGAUGGAUAUUGAUGGCGAGGUGGGGCGUGACGUUCUGACGACGGCAGAGAGGACAGUUGUCACUACGGCCAUCAAUGUCGUCCUUUUCCGUUGCCAAAUGGCGAGCAGCGAGGGGAAGUUCAAAGUGGCUGUUCGUGCACGCCGCAAGCUCUCGGCGCUGCCGACGACUGCCCAGUGCUUGGGCGUCAGUGCCAUUUCCGACGCGGUGCUGCAGGUCUGCUACGCGAUGGGGUGCGGCGCGCUUCCACGGGCGACUCCAAGGUGGUGGAUGAAGCGGCGGAUGGGAGGUACGUGGGAGGAUCUGCGGCAAUGUGAUGACGCGACAGAUGACUACUUCAAGGACAAGCUUCGAAUGUCACCACGUGUUUUCCGCGAGAUCACGGAGACUCUUUCCCCACUCCUGCAACGCCGUGUGGCGUUCUACAGGGUGCCCUUGCAGCCAGACCACAUCAUCGCCUACUCUCUGUAUAGGUGGGCGUCGGAGGAGACAUACAAUAGCGGGACGUGUAGCUUCGGCAUUGGCAGGUCUUCCGGCAUCACAGCGGUGCGGAACGUCACUGCGGCGUUGCUAACUACGUACCCCGAUAAGAUAUCCUGGCCCACAGGUUUGCAGAAGGCGGUCGUCUUGCGCGCGUUCACAGACAAGGGUUUUCCAAACUGCCAUGGGUGCAUCGACUGCACCCACAUCUACAUCAACAAGCCCGCCAACGCGAAUGGGGAGGACUACUGCGACAGGAAACGUCGAUUCUCCGUGCAGGCGCAGGUGGUCGUGGACGUGAACUUGCGUGUGCUGGACGUCUUCGUCGGUUACCCGAGCUGUGUGCAUGACAUGAGGAUGCUGAACCUGUCCACUUUGUGGGCGCACACGGAGGCAGGACAACUUUUCACUGGGCCGCCUGUGAUGCUGCCUUUUGGUGUGCCGACUAAUGGUUACUUGCUCGACGACAACGGUUAUCCCCAGUCCGAAUAGAUAGUCGUCCCUUACGACGGUCUCGCGCAGCACCCGUCGGAGGCACGCUUCGACAACAAACAGAAGACGACGAG